AUGUAUCUAUCUAUCUAUCUAUCUAUCUGUGUGUGUGUGUGUCCGUAUUCAUUAUCUAUCUAUCCUAUUUAUCUAUCUGUUCAUAUCUAUCUAUAUGAAAAUUUAAAGAUAUAUCUAAAUCUAUAUUCAUAUAUAUCUAUCUAUCUAUCUAUCGAUCUAUCCGUAUUCAUUAUCUAUAUAUCUAUCUAUAUAUAUAUCUAUAUAUAUAUAUAUAUAUAUAUAUAUAUUAUUGCUAUCUAUCUAUCUAUAUCUAUCUAUCUAUCUAUAUAUAAAUCUAUAUAUAUGCAUUUAUAUAUAUAUCAUAUAAAUCUAUCUAUCUAUUCUUUCUAUCUAUCCGUAUUCAUUAUCUAUCUACACACAUACACAUCUAUCAUAUCUAUCUAUAUAUCUAUCUAUAUUAUAUAUAUAUAUAUAUCUAUCUAUCUAUCAUAUCUAUCUAUCUGUUCAAUCAUAUUAUAUCAUUUAAAAGUAUUUCUAUCUCUCUAUUCAUAUCUAUCUAUCUAUCUAUCUAUCUAUCCGUAUAUAUCUAUCUAUAUAUCUAUCUAUCUAUAUAUCUAUCUAUAUCCGUAUUCAUAUAUGUAUCUAUCUAUCUAUAUAUCUAUCUAUCAUCUAUCUAUCUAUCUAUCUAUCCGUAUUCGUAUAUCAUUGAUUUAUCUAUCUAUCUUUCUAUCAUCUAUCUAUCUAUCCGUAUUCAUUAUAUAUCUAUCUAUAUAUCUAUCUAUCUAUCUAUCUAUCUAUCUAUAUAUAUUCAUAUAUCAUAUCUAUCUAUCUAUCUAUCUAUCUAUCUAUCUAUCUAUCUAUCCGUAUUCAUUAUCUAUCUAUCUAUCUAUUGAAUCUAUCUAUCUAUCUAUCUAUCUAUCUAUCUUUGUCAAGUCAUAUCUCUUUAUUUAA